AUGGCGUUCGUCAGCCACCAGUUUCUCCGCUCCAUGUCCUCCGCCCAGAGCGCGGCCAUCAAACACAUCACAGUGAUCGGCGGCGGCCUAAUGGGCGCUGGCAUCGCACAGGUAGCUGCUGGAGCAGGACACACAGUGAUACUGGUUGAUCAGGCUGACGAUAUCCUGAAGAAAUCAUUGAAGAAAAUUGGAGACAGUGUUGCACGUAUAAGCAAGAAGAAAUUCACAGAUAAGCCUGAGGCUGGUGCAGAAUUUGUUCAGGAGACCCUUGAGAGAAUCAGUACCUCAACAGAUCCUGUUUCUGCAGUGCACAGCACAGACCUUGUCAUAGAAGCAAUUGUGGAAAAUGUUAAAGUUAAACAGGAACUUUUUGAAAAACUAGAUAAGGCUGCUCCAGUGGAAACCAUCUUUGUUAGUAACACAUCAUCACUACCGAUCACUGAAAUAGCAAAUGCUACAACCAGACAGGACCGGUUUGGUGGGCUCCAUUUUUUCAACCCUGUACCCUUGAUGAAGCUAGUUGAGGUGGUUCAGACUCCAAAGACCAGCCAGCAGACGUUUGAAACACUAAUGAAUUUCAGCAAAGCUUUGGGGAAGAAACCUGUGGCUUGUAAGGAUACCCCUGGAUUUAUUGUGAACCGUCUACUUGUGCCAUACCUGAUGGAAGCUGUCCGGCUACAUGAGAGAGGUCAUGGAUCAAAGGAAGACAUUGACGUGGCAAUGAAGCUGGGUGCAGGAUAUCCUAUGGGUCCCUUUGAGUUAUUAGAUUACGUUGGACUUGACACCAGCAAGUUUAUUAUUGAUGGAUGGCAUGAGAUGGAUCCAAACAAUCCCUUGUUUAAUCCGAGUGCUCUGUUAAAUAAACUGGUGGAAGAAGGAAAGCUGGGUAAAAAGACUGGAGAAGGCUUCUACAAGUAUUCCUAGAAAGCGAGGUGUCUUGCUGCUGCAAUUUUUUCUACUCUAAAUCAUGCAAGCUGUCAGACUGUUGCCUUGGUGCUUAAGACUUCUGCUCUGGCACCCAAUUGAUAUGUACACUGUAAUAUUAAUAUGUUUGCACACUGGAUAAUGCUGACCCAGCCUGAUACAGUGAUUGUGAUGUAUAAUCUGUAAAACAAAGUUAUUUUUAAAAUUAAUUGCUUCUAGGCAGAGAGAUACCUUAAAAAUUAUUAUACAUACAAAGAUAUCUUUGUUCUUCUUAUUGAUGCAUUUAAAAUGAUCUUAGUUUCAAUUUGUAAAUCUUUUUCACUCAUUAAUAAAAUGUCACUUAAAUUGCAUAAUACA